CUUUUCUGAAUGUAACCAAAAGAUAACAGAAAAAAAGAAAAGGAAAGAUAAAGUUUGAAUUAAAAGAAAAAGAAAAAAUAUCCCUAAAUUCUCAUCCUCAUCUCUCAAAACCACACUAAUCUGAAAUUGGGGCGAGCACUGAUGCGUGGAUGGGAGGAGGUACAACGCGUAUUGAUCUUCCUAUGAUUCAAUGCAAAACUUCAUCAUCUAUCCUCCCCACUCUGUCUCCUUCUUCUACUCUUAAUUUUCCGGUCUCAAUCAACAACACCACUUCACCUUUUACUCUCACACAAUCUUCUUGUUCUGCUUCUUCCUGCUGUUGCUUCUGUCUCUGUGAAACUGUAUGUGUGCAUGGGAAAGAAGAUAAAAGAAAAACUGGGUCUUCGUAUAAUGAUGUUUUUGGCCCUGUUCCAUCUCAGUUCGAAGUUGAAACUGCCAUAGCUUCUCUUCAGAAUUUUAUGCAAGGGGUUUCCUCAUCUGGUCUGUUGCGAGUUUCACAUGGAUAUGAAAGAGUUGCGGAUGCUUUUCAUUUGCUGCAAAAAGAUCCAAUUGUUAAGAGGCUGGUGCUUUCACUAUCAUCUGAUAAAGCUUUGUGGAAUGCUGUUAUGAACAAUGAGAUGCUACAGCAGCUGCGAGGAUCAUGUCUUGCCUCAGCUGAAAAGUCUAGGAUACAAGGCUGUAAUCAAGAAACGGAUGAUGUGUUUACCAUCAUGUUGAGUUGGAUUAUGAACAUGACCAAAGCAAGAGUUACUGAACUGAUACAGAAUUUCCAAUCGCUGAUGAGUGAGAUUUUCCAACCUCCUGAGAAGGGGAAACCCGCAGAAGAAAGCAGAGAGGUGGAUGACAAAAUCAGGUCAUCAUUGCUUCUCUCAGUUGUGAUACUCUUGAUUGUGGUUGUGGCAAGGGUUCAUAGGGCUUGACGUCCGUGGACCCGUCACAUUCUGUAAGUCAGGAAAGCACAUUCUUGCAAUAAAAUGAGGCUACAGCUCCUAGCAGAUGGAUUACUGAUGAGCUGAGACUUUGAA